UUCAUUGGCUUUUCGUUAUGUGUCGUGUCGCUUGGCAGCUCAAAAAUUAAACAAAUGAAAACGUAAAAAAGUUUAAAAAAAUAAACGUUAAACGUUAGGUAAAACAGAAAACAGAAGAAGACAGCAUUCCAAAGUACAAAGUUCAGACAACAAAAAAAGACAACAGCGAAAUUUCUUCAGAAUCCAAAUCUUUACUUUAACGCCAAUUUCGGAGAGAGUGUGAGAAAUGUAUAGAAUAUGUCGACAUGUUGCAUUGCCACGCACUUUAACGCUGCAAUGCAGCAAUAACUUCUUCAAGAUGAGCUUCAAAUCGCCAACAGUGCCAUCGUCAGUGUCGCCAGCUGCGACGCCGACAGCUCAGUCCUCGACACAACAACAGCAGAGACAACGCAAGAAAUCGUUUGAAUCAAAGCCAAUGCCACUAACAAUCGACGAGGCUGCCGUUGGCAACAAGGAGCAGGCCAAAGCGAUGCGCCCAGUAGUGACUACUGUGCCACAGAUCAACAUCAAGGAUCAGCGUGACAAGUGGCUGGCCAAAGUAUCACCCGGCGGCAUGCAACGCAAGGCAAAAGCACGCGUGGCAACCGAUACCGAAACCAAAACGAAGCCGUCGCCCAUGGCGAGUUUUGUGGGCGCAAAUAAUGCGACAAACUUUGGCAAAUCGAGUAAUGCGAUGCCUGAAAAGCAGCAGCCAGAUGAUGAGCAGCCAAAGGACGCCGGCAGCGUAGCGGAGCGCAAGUCCUGGAUGCAUCGCAUGCAUGGCGCUCAGCAGCAAAAGCAGGCACAAUGGCUCAAGGAUAUGCAAGCCAAACAACAAGCGGGACGCGAUAUACAACAACAGAAGAUGCAACAGCUGAAGCCGCAGGCGGAGAUAACUAAAGCGACAGCUAACCCCAAAACUGCGGUCAAGUCCGCCCCUGAGCCGGAACCCGAACCUGAGCCCAAGUCACCCGAACGUCUUGCUUAUUUGGACACCGUACGUCAGCUGAAUGCGUAUCAGGCACAUGAACCGACCGCCGGACGUGCAAAGACCAAAACAAAGACCGAUAAGAGUGAACCCAAUAUUGAGCACACUUUACAGUGUUUGAGGGAAACUGGUUAUGAGCACUCGGAACUGGAAAGUAUUCCAGUGAUUCAGGUGGCUGGUACUAAAGGACGCGGCUCCACUUGUCUCCUUGUUGAGGCCAUUCUUCUCUCGCAUGGCGUCAAGACGGGCGUGCUUUGUGCUCCACAUCUGUUUGUGACCAACGAACGCAUACGCAUCGAUGGCGAACCUAUUUCCGAUGCCCAAUUCACCGAACUCUUUCAGCAGCUGCAAACGCAACUGGCGCAAAUGCAGCCACCUCCCAGUUACCAGAAGUUGCUCAUGAUCAUGGCAUGUCAUGCGUUUCGCAAUGCCAAGGUCGAUGUGGCCAUCAUUGAGGUGGGCAGCGGUUGUGCCAGCGAUUGCACGAAUAUCAUGUCGCAUACGAAAACAAUUGGCAUCAGCACUUUGGGUUGGGAGCAGAGCUUCAGUCUGAGCAAUUCACUUCGCGACAUUGCCUGGGCUAAGGCGGCCAUCAUGAAACCAGAAGCGAGUAUUUAUACGAGUGCCACGCAACCGGAAUGCUUUGAGGUGUUGAGUCAAAGGGCCAAACAAUUGGGUCUCCAACUGCAUCGGGUGCCCAGCUAUGCUGCGUAUGCGGAGACAAAUUUCUCCGAUAAAAAGCUGCUGAACAGCGCAAACUUUGCGGUGAAAUUGAAUGGUUCGCUGGCCAUACAGUUGGCCUAUGAUUAUUUGCGUCGUCAUCGACCCGAGUAUGUCACCGGGUUGGAGCACAAUGCCACACAGUUGACGCCAGGCGCCACACGUGGCCUCGAAACGUAUGUGCAGCGAGGCCAAUUCGAAGUGAUGAAGCAUGAUAUGUUCAAUGUGUACAUGGAUAGCGCUGAUACCCUGGAGAGCAUGAUGAUGUGCCGUGAGUGGUUCUAUACACGCACACGCAGCAGUCGGGCGCCCAAAGUGCUGCUUUUUAGCAAAGUGAAUGAGUUCAAUUCGAAGGAUUUGCUCACCAUUUUGCGGCAUAAUGUACGCUUUGAGGAGGCCGGCUUUGUGCCCAGUCCCAGUUUGUUUGAGGGCGAGCCAUUGGAUGUGGCCACAAAGGAACAGGAUAAGGCCACAAAGGAUGCCAUUACGUGGCACAGCAUGGAGGAGCUGCAGCGUGCCCGACGCAAUGCCAGCAAUUGGCGUUCGCUGUGCGAAGAGGAUGGCACACGGGACACCGCUCAGCUCUCAAUUUCUAUUGAGUCGUUCUUCGAUUACCUGAAGGAGAAGCAUGGCAAUCAGCGGUAUGGCAUGCGUAAAGAAUUAGAUGUCCUGGUCACCGGAUCGCGUGAACUUGUCGCCGGCACCAUCACAUGGCUGCAGAAGAUGAAGGAUGCCCAGUUCAAACAGUGGCAUUAGCAUGAAAGUAAUGUGGAUUUAGUAGAGUCAAAAAUAUGUGCUUGUUACUUAAAUGCCUACGACAAAUGUUGACAUUACUUUUGUCCGUUUUACUUGGUAUCACAAAUAAACUACAAAAUACUAGUUACGAUAAUAGACGAAA